AUGAAUCUAAGAUCGCCUAAGAACGCCAAAGAAAUCCGCCAUAUGCUCACGCUCACCCAAGCAAAAGCCAUCAUCAUCGACAACGCAAGCAUCGUUGAAGAUCUAGAGAGCAAUGUCCCAGACCUGGUGAGCGACAUGCAGGUCAAAGUGGUGCUAGACGGCCCCGUCGUCCGCCGAGGAUAUCUGUCUCUCAGCCAACUGAUUGAGAAGGCGGCCGUCGAUGAAUCUUUUGACGAAAUCAGCACUAGAUUGGACACGGUCCCUCGAUUUCGGGACGACGUGGUGUACAUUGGAUUCACGUCGGGGACCACAUCGCUACCAAAGGCCGCACCACACACGAACUUAUCCUUUGUCUGUAACAUGAGGUCGUGGCAAGAAGCAUUUGCGUUGGACCACAAGCGAACCUGGCUCCACAUCCUCCCAAUGAACUCGGUCGUCGGGAGCUCUUGGACACUCGCCUAUUUGAUUCCAGGAGGAAGUGUAACGCAUGUUCAAGCUGGAUUUGAAGCCGAAUCCAUCGCGGCAGCCAUCAGCAGUGGCGAAUAUACAGACAUGCUGGCCGUUCCGUCGAUGAUCGAUCUGCUGGCUGCAAGCCCUUUGUUGGACGAUCCUCAUCACCAAGGUCUUGAUCGCCUGAUCGUGGGUGGAAGCAAGAUCUUGCGUUCCCACGUGGACAAGGCGUUCCUCAAGCUCAGAUGUAGACGAUUCAGUCCUUUCUUUGGCAUGACUGAAGGCACCUCAGUGUGCAGUGAAACUCUGACUGAAGUACCCGCCACCACUGAUGAGCCGAUAUACGCCGGGUUUGUGAACCCAGGAUGCAAGGUGCGAAUAUGCGAUCCCUCCGACACCAAACCAGUUCCGCGCGGAGUGCCUGGCGAGUUGGUGCAAGGGGGACCUCAGCGUAUCAAGAGCUACGUAGGCGGCCAGGGCAAAGACAACUUCUUCACCGAGGAAGGUGAAGUCUGGUACCGUUGCGGCGAUCAAGCGGUGAUGCGCACAGAUGGUAGAAUUGCCAUUGUGGGACGCUACAAAGAUAUGAUCAUCCGCGGUGGCAUGAAUAUAGCCUCUGCGGCCGUGGAAGCAGUGAUAUCCGAGGGAACAAACAUUGAUGUGAGUGUUAUAGGUAUUCCACAUGAAGAAGCAGGAGAAGUCCCUGUGGCCAUCUUGAAGCAUCCUGCUGAUGACCAAGGUGUCUCUAAAAAGGUCAAGCAAUUGGUUCUGCAAACCAUGGGCCCUGCAUACUCUUUGGAAUGUGUCUUGCCUCUUAGCGAGCUCGGCCUUGACGACUGGCCAAAGACGACUUCCGGCAAGGUUCUGAAGAGAGAUUUACAAGCCCUUGUCAGUCAACUCCUUGAGCGUGAGAGGACCCCCGAAAACAGCUGUACAACAAAUGGAGACGUAUUCAAUCAACACACCCCUUUGGAGCACUUUCUCCUCGAGUUCGCUCAGAAGCAUGACAUGCUCAUUGACAGCAUUGAUGACGGCUUUCUCGCGGCAGGUUUGGAUAGUCUGCUCGCAUUGCGACUCAGAAAUGCAGUCGUCAGAGAAAGCGAUAGAAUAGGUGCCCAUAUACAGUUGGGCUUGAAUGAAGUAUUCACAUGUGGAAAUAUCAGGCGGCUCGCAGCGCACAUCACUGACAUUGCCAACUCACGGAAAGUCACCCAUUCCGCUGAGACACAGAUCGAAUCUACGCUGGAGAUGAUGUCUGACAUGGUGGAAGAGUUUGGGAUUUUUCGUUCACGCAAGGCCAGAUCAAAAUCGAGUAUGCCCAGCGGAAAGAAAUUGCUUCUGACUGGAGCCACCGGCUCGCUCGGCGUGCAUGUCUUAUCUAUAUUACUUGCUCGUCCAGACGUGGAUGUCGUUUACUGUGCUAUUCGAGGCGACAAGCCUCUUGGCCGACUACGUGCAUCAUUCAGCAAACGAAUGCUGGAAUAUCCCGAGCAUACACAAAAGAUCAGAUUUCUGCCAUACGAGCCAGGCAGAUUGGUGGAGGGUUUACAAGAAACAACACGGAACGAGAUGCUCGACAGUUUAACUCAUAUCGUUCACGCGGCAUGGCCUGUCAACUUCCAUCUCCCUCUGACUACUUUUCGUCCACACCUCAAAGACGUACAAGAUCUCAUUCAGCUGUCGUUGGAUGUCAAACCCCGGCCGGCACAAGUAUUGUACUGCUCCUCCCUGGGAGUAGCCUUGAACACCAUCGGCCAGAAGAGUGUGGCAGAAGCACCCAUGAUGGAUUUCAGGCAAGGCCUGAGUACUGGAUACACCCAGUCUAAGCUGGUGGCGGAGUACAUCAUCCAGCAAGCCGUAGAAGACUACGACGCCUCUGCGUGUAUCCUCCGUAUAGGUCAGAUUGUCGGGGACACCAAGGCAGGGAUCUGGAACGACGACGAGGCUCCUCCUACCAUUAUCCGCUCUGCACUCGCACUGGGCUGUCUUCCUUCUCUAGACAUGACAUGCUCGUGGAUCCCUGUCGACAGUCUCGCGCAUGCUAUUGUCGAGGUUGGCUUGACUGCAAACCAACCUCCAAGGCAUUUAGUCUACAACAUGUGCAAUCCCAGCACAUUCUCUUGGACUACAGAUCUACUGCCUGCUCUUGCGAAUGCAGGGCUUACUUUCCAGACGGUCCCCUUCGCAGAGUGGAUUGAGAAGCUGAAACAAUAUGACGGUUCUCACAGCGCAGAAGAAGCCGUGGAUAACUGUCCCGCCGUCAAAUUGAUUGAUUUCUGGGAACGCAGCUAUGGUGGCAAGACACGGAGACACAAUCUGCUACAUUGCGAAACACGCAAUGCACAAGAGGACAGCGAGAGUAUAAGAUCUGCCCGCCGAAUCAUCGAGUCUGGGCUGGUGAAGAGAAUGUUGUCUGCGUGGAUGACAAGAUGGGAGCCAAGAAUAAUACCCAAUGGCUCUUGUUGA